AUAACAUAUGAUAUAGGGUUUAACAUAAUGUAAGCCGAAGUAUUAAAAAAGGAUGCCACUGAUUUUCUUAUCUGUGUCUAUACAUGUACAAAAAAGACAGAUUGUAUAAUGUCAAAAGAAAAAGCUUUAAACUCAAAAUUCUCAGUGCCAUCUUUUCAAAAAACCUGGUAUUUCGUUUAAAAUGUUUAAUGGUUAUGAGCAUACUAAUUAUGAAAAUAAUAAUUUUGCUAAUUGCAAUCAAAACUCACAUCAUCCCAAGCAUACAUCACAUCAACAAUAUAACAACUAUAAUGACAAGAAUCCCCAAUACUCAGAUUCUCCAAAAUCAUCUCAAAUGAGGGAAAGUACUCACAGUCUCACAAACUACCAACCAGCUCAUGUCAAUCAGCAAAAUCAAUAUAAACAUGGGUACAAAGAGAAUGUUUUUCAAAGGAUACCAAUUCCGGAUAAUUAUCACCGAUACCCAUCUUAUCAAAGUGAACCGAACUCGAUGAUGCAUCAAAAAUCACCUUGCCCAAUGGUACCGCCUUACAAUCCUGCACCGGUACAACAAUCUUAUGUGCCGAUACACAAUUCCCCUCAAAAAUCACCUUGUCCAAUAGUUCCACCUGACGAUAUUGCACCGCUACAAAAUUCUCACGCAUCGGUACAAAAUGCUCAUGCACCAUUAGAAAAUUCUCAAUUGCCCACUCAAGUACCGAUACCUUAUCCUUCCCAGCUUCACAGACAAAAUUUUCAGAUUAAUGGCUAUGAACCUACUAAUCAUUACGAAGACAAUUACUCUGUUAAUCAAAGAAAGUAUUCACAUCCCACACAAUCCGUCUAUCAGCAGAUUCCACAAAAUUCUGCAGCACUUGCUAAUUACAAUUAUAAGAAUUCCCAAUUCUCAUCUUUUCCGCAAUCAUAUCAAAUUAGGGUAACAAAUACCUAUCCUAUAAACAGCCAUUUAGCUUAUCAAUCUCCUCCUUGUCAUAAUCAUCAAAAUCAGUACAAAAACGUUUAUGAUCAGAAUGCUUAUCAAAAAGUACCGAUGCCGGAUAAUUACAAGGAUCCCUCUCAAAGCGCGCCUCAUUCGCAUAAUUCGCCAUAUCAACGAGUACCUCCACCUUCAGAAGAUUCUAAGGUGUAUCGAAAAGUAUCACCACCUGAAUCCGAUCCCCAAAAUUUGCCAUAUCAAAUGGAACCUUCUCCUCAUGCUUACCACAGGGUACCACCAUAUCACCCUGAGGAAAUGAGCAAGACAUUGCCUUACCAGCAACUUCCACAGCCUAAGUAUAAUUUGAAGAAGACUGUAAAUUUCCUACCAGGCGUCAAAAGGGAUACAAAAUCUACGUUGCCUUCUGCUGUGGUUACUCCUAUCAUAGUUAAUAACACAAAUAGUUCCUUAGAUCACUCGAUGAUACGUCGAACGGGUCAAUACAAAUCUCAAAAUACACCUUGUAAAAUGGUACCCUCUCAUUCACCGCCAUAUGUUCCUACACCGGUACAAAAUUAUCAUGUACCACUACCACAUUCUUACAUACCGGUACAAAAUGCUCAUCUACCGGUACAAAAUGAUCAUCUACCGAUACAAAAUGAUCAUCUACCGGUACAAAAUGUUCAUCUACGAGCACAAAAUUCUCAUUUACUAAUAAAAAAUUCUCAAGUAGCGCCGCAAAAUCCUCAUGUACCGAUAAAGAAUUAUUCCCUGCUUCACAGACAACCCCCUCCUUAUCAUAGUGAACAAAUUCAGUACAAAAACGGAUACGAUCAGAAUGCUUAUCAAAAAGUUCCGAUGGUAGAUUCUGUUGUGAAUCAAAGAUUACCACAACGUGAAUUCGAUCUCCAAAAUUCACCUCAUCAAAUGGUACCUUUUCCUCAAGAUGUGUACCAAAGGGUACAGUCAUAUCGUCCAGAGGAGGUUAGUAAUAAGUACGCCCCACCGAGUAAGCAUAAUUUGAAGAAGACUGUAAGUUUUCCACCAGGCACCAAAGGGAGUACAGAGUCUAUGAUGCCUUGUCCUGCGGUUACCCCAAUCAUAGUUAAUAACGCGAAAAAUAGUGUUCCCACUGACAAAACUAAGUGCAAUCUGUGUAGCAAAAAUGAGUGGCUUCGAAUUUGUACUACAAAGACUGCGAAUUUUAUAUGUAGAUGUUCAAAUCGAAGAAUAAACGUGUCUCCUGCAAUUGUAAAUAAAAUGUAA